AUACCACAACAGGUUACAGUAGAGCGCGACACAGAUGAGCCACGUUGACAGAGUACAUAUUUCAGGUGUUUCUGUUAAAAGAUUGCUGUCGGUCAACUUCGCGGCGACUUCAGGAUAUAUUUGUAUAAUGAGUGUGGGUUUCAUUGGAGCAGGCCAGCUGACCCACGCUCUGGUCAGAGGCUUCUCAGCUGCAGGCGUGAUUGCCACCCACAGAAUCACAGCCAGUUCCCCAGACACAGAUCUCCCCACAGUACAGGGACUAAGGAAAUUGGGUGUCAAUUUCACAACAAGCAACAAAGAGACAGUGAGCAAGAGCGAUGUUCUCUUCCUGGCCGUGAAGCCCCACAUCAUCCCUUUUGUACUGGAUGAGAUAGGACCAGACAUUGAAGAUCGUCAUCUUAUUGUGUCCUGUGCGGCAGGUGUCACCAUCAGCUCUAUAGAGAAGGCAAGUCAAAGCCAUCUGCAUCCACGUGUUACAAACUGUAAAUAGUCAAACUUGACAUAA